AUGGUGCAGUUCCUACUUCUCAUGGUGGACUUGGACAAUGAAGUUGCUCUGAGAGAUCGCAGAGGGGGAGACGUAGGUAGAGCGGGAAGGAUGGAGGUCUCUGAACUUACCUCGAGUUGCAAUUGGGUCCCCGAACUUGUUUUUGAGGCAAUUAGGUCAUCCAACUCUCUCAUCCGUUCCAAUUGA